AUGUCUUCUCAAACUUCUCUUAACUUAAGCACCAUUCAACAAACUCUCAGCCCUUUAUCUCUUGGAACCCUAUACAAGUCUCUGGCUAUUUCAAGUCUAGUCUUGUUUUUGUUCUACACUUUCUUGUUUAACCCUCUCAAUUACCAACCUUCCGAUCUCUUAUCAACCAUAAAGCAUAAAUGUCCAUCCUCAACUCCCAUUAUCACCAAUUCUCCUACCAACAUCAGCCACAUUGUGUUUGGCAUAGUUGGAUCCAUGAACACAUGGAAGUACAAGAAAACAUACAUUGAAGCUUGGUGGCGACCAAACAUCACCCGAGGAUAUCUUUUCCUAGAUAGAGCACCCACGCCGGAGUUCCAACCUUGGCCUUCAACUUCUCCUCCUUUUCGUGUCAAUGAAAACCUCAAUAAACUGAAAGUAUACCCGAAAAUCGUGAGGCCAGUUCAAGUUCGAAUAGUACGCACAAUAAUGGAGACAUUUAGACAGGGAGAUGAAGAUGUGAGAUGGUAUGUAAUGGCGGAUGAUGAUACUGUCUUGUUUGUGGAUAACUUAGUUGAGGUUCUAGCCCAAUACAACCAUUCUAAAUACUACUAUAUUGGGUCAAAUUCAGAAUGUGCCAAGUCUAACUUUGAUUUCUCGUUUGAUAUGGCAUUUGGUGGUGCCGGGUAUGCUUUGAGUUACCCUUUAGUGCAAGCAUUGGCAACCAAGUUAGACGAUUGUGUUGAGCGAUAUCCUCACAUGUCUGUCAGUGAUUUUAUGUUACACUCUUGUUUGGCUGAUUUAGGAGUUUCUUUAACUCAAGAGAAAGGGUUUCAUCAGAUUGAUCUACACAAUGACAUAUCGGGUCUUCUAUCAGCUCACCCACAAUCUCCUCUCCUUUCCCUCCACCAUAUUGACACCAUAAAUCCAAUCUUCCCCACCAUGAACCGUUCAGAAUCAAUAAACCACCUCAUGAAGGCUGCAAAAGUGGACCAAUCACGUCUUCUUCAACAAACCAUUUGCUACCACAGGCCAGGCAAUUGGUCUUUCUCAAUUUCAUGGGGUUACUCGGCUUAUAUAUACGAAAACAUACUCCCUCAGAGCAUUUUGUGGAGACCACUUGAGACAUUUAGGCCAUGGAUGAGAAAUGUUAGGCCACCAUUGUACAUGUUCAACACCCGGUGGCCCUCCAACAAUCCUUGUGAAGCUCCUCAUGUUUUUUUUCGUGAUUCUAUUGAAUAUUAUACUCAACAGAACCAAAUUGUUACAACCUAUAUAAGAACAUCGAUGCGUGGUUUGUCGGCUUGUUCAUUCACUGGUAAUCAUUCUGCAGAUGCCAUCACCAAAAUUCAGGUGUUUUCUCCAGCAACAACACCCAUGGAAGCCGGAGGAAGAGAUUGUUGUGAAAUUCUAUACACGGCUACUAAAAAUGUUACAAAAGUGAAAUAUAGGCCUUGCGAGAAGGAUGAAGUAAUUGCCUAA